AUUCACUCUCCUCUGUUCCUUCUAAGUCUCGCGUGUCAAAACCCAGGCGUCAAGCGCUCCAAGGAUCCACGCAAUCACGCAUCUUCCUCAUAAACCAUUCUUUUCCCAAACUUACAAAGGUUAGGCUAAAGAAGAGAAGGAAUUGGGGGAUUAGGGUUUCGGUUUCAAGUUUCAGGGAACGAUUAACUAAGAAGAGAAGAUGAUCGAGGUGGUUCUAAACGAUCGAUUGGGGAAGAAGGUUCGCGUGAAAUGCAACGAUGACGACACCAUCGGAGACCUGAAGAAGCUGGUUGCAGCUCAGACAGGAACGAGGGCCGACAAGAUUCGCAUCCAGAAGUGGUACACCAUCUACAAGGAUCAUAUCACCCUCAAAGAUUACGAGAUCCACGACGGCAUGGGCCUCGAGCUCUACUACAACUAAAAUCCCUCUUCAAAGGU